UGAAACGGUGUGACCUCGAUUUCGAAACUUGACAGAACAGUGUCUAAGUAUCUAAACACACAUAGACUAUCUAAAACAAGUUUGGAUUAACUGUACCGACUUAUUCAUGAACGUCAGAAUUACCUGGAAUAAAGUUAUAUUUUAAUUAAGUUUUAAUUGUGAUCUUUCGAAUUUAUAUUUGUUACCAUUAUUGAAGUCUUCAUUUUAUUCAACAGCAGGUGGGGAAAAAACAACAAGCUGCUUAAAAAUCUUUCAAACCAUUUUUCGAUGAGACGUUGCAGCACAGUCACUUACACCCAUACAGAGAAAGGCAUCUACUGAAUAUGAAUGGAUAUACUUAAUAAAAGGCCACCAUGACCAGUCCAAAAGUUCAGAAUGUUCACUACCACAAUGCGAUCAAGUCAACAAGCAACUCUGCUGUGUAUAGGCCUUCGUCCAACAUAAUCUUAAGUCCCAUUACAGACAAGUACACGAUCAGUGACAACAUUGGCAGGGGUAAAUUCGCAGUGGUCAAAAAAUGCAUCAACAAAACGUCCGGGGAAGUUCUUGCCGCAAAGUACAUCAAGAAGCGACGGCGCGGCAAAUCAUGCCGGGAAGAAAUCCUCCGUGAAGUCGUCAUGCUUGAGAUGGCGCUCGAUCACCCGCGACUGGUGAACCUGAAAGAGGUCUAUGAGACGCCGCAGGAGCUGAUACUGAUAACUGAAUACUGUGCUGGUGGCGAGCUGUUUACGGAGUGUAUUCUAGAAGAGAAAUUCAACGAGGCGGAUGUUCGGCUGCUCAUGUCUCAGAUUCUAGAGGGGCUGGUGUAUCUACACGAGAAAAAUAUAGUGCAUCUCGACCUCAAGCCCCAGAACAUUCUCUUAACAGAAGAGUUUCCACGCGGCACAGUUAAGAUCUGUGAUCUGGGGUUCGCGUGCAUGGUGAACACGGGUGAGGACAUACGGGAUAUCAUCGGCACACCGGACUACGUUGCCCCAGAAGUGCUUAACUAUGACACGCUAGGCCUCUACACGGACAUGUGGUCGCUGGGUGUGCUCACCUACGUGAUGCUCACCACGUGCUCCCCGUUCGCUGCCGAUGACAAGAACGAGACGUUCGCCAACAUUACCAACGUCCACCUGGACUUUCCAGAGGACUUGUUCGCAGACAUUAGUCCGGCUGCUCAAGACUUUAUCCAGAAAUUGCUCAUUGCCGAACCCAGUGAAAGAAUGACUGCCAAGGAAUGCCAGUCACACGAGUGGUUGUACGACAUAUUCCAUCCAAGCAUUAAAGAGUCACCAGAGAUAGGAGAUAUACACCAAGUACAUGCCAAUGCUAUCAGUGAUGGAGAAAAAAUUGAAAAUGGGGACAUUGAUGAAGACAUGUCUGGUAGCGUAUCUGAGAACGCGAGGGAGGAGAAUGUAAGCAAGGACGGGACAGGCGAUGUGGCGAUAAGUGAUUGCCGAGGUAAAAUAAAGGUCCAGCUUUCAGGAAUGUCUGAAGGUGAUAGCGGCAUCGCAAGGAGUGAUUCUAUAGUGAGAAUAAGGAAUCAGGUGUCAGAAAUGUCAGUUACGGAGGGAGGGGAGGAUAUUAUAAACGAACUUGAAUAUUCUGAGGUGUUUGAUGAUAGAAACAUUAGACCGAGUGAUACUGAGUUUGCACCGUCUGUUGAGGCCAUCAGAGAGCAUGAUAACGCAAAUUGUUCUAGACUUCAAGAUAAUCAGAGACUUGUUGGAACAAAUGUGGGCUCAGUUGAAAGAGGAUUAGAAGUAAAUGAAGGGAAUCAGCAAAAUGCAUUUGCAGAUAUAUCGCCUAAUACGGAUUCCACAGUAAGCUUAUCGGAAUGUAAAAGCUAUGAAUUUGAUUCUGGCAUAGGAACUUGUAGCGAUUCGAUGGUGGAGAGUGACGAAACUGAAGUUAUUCUUCAGGAGAACAACCAGGGGAGCUUUGGGUUGGGAAAGAGUGCGGAACAAAAGCAUCCGAAUGACUAUGCAAAUCUUGUAUCAAAUGGACCGGAAGACGAUAUUACAGAAAAUGAACAAGACGAUGACACCAAAAUGGAAUUAGAUCAGGCCAGUGAAGAAAUCAAUGUUGCAAACACUUUUGACAUCCAUUCUUCUACAAAUAACAAUGCAAUCGAUGCACAAUCCAACGCGAAGCGGGAUAUUACCUUACUUGACAAUAUAAGAAAGGAGCAAGUAGUAAUGAAAAAAUCUCCAGUCUCAUUCGGUGUUGUUCAAACUUCACCGUUAAUGCAGACGAGGGGCAUGCCCCGCAUUUCCCAUUGUAACCUUGACGAUUCUAUAAAUAGCACACAACUUGCAGGUGAGCGACAAAAACGUGUUAUGUGCAAUGAGAAUAAAACCACGGUUUCGGGAAGUAACGAAAGCAAAGACGCAGAAGAGUACGAGUUUAUAAGCGUGUCAAAGCGUGUCAAGAGCAUAGAGACUGCGAUUACGACGCCGCGAAGUCCCCAAUUUAGCCCCAAAACUCAGAGAAGCCCAAGAAUUGCGAGACAUUCCCGUAGCUAUUCACAUCAGCACCAUUGAUGUUUGUUGGUUAUUUAUUAAAUUAUUGAGAAUAAUCUUUUAUUAUGUUUUGUAAGCAGUCAGUUGUGUUUUGAAUGAUGAUGGCACCUUUUUUCUUCCAUACAAUUGAUUUUCUGUUUUCAUCUGUAUUUUGAUUUAGUAAGGAUUAACUUUAAGGAUAAUGGCAUAAUAAUAAUUCUUCUGUUUUUAAAUUUUAUUGUUUUUUUUUUUUUAUUCUUUUUUCUGUGUGUUUUGAUUAGUUUAGGGAAUUUUUUUUUGCAAUUGAAAUAUUUAAAAGUUUAUUAAACUAGAAUUGUGAUAAGUCUCGUUUCAAAAAUUAUUUUAUAAUGAUGCAAUUUUUGUGCACAUUACUGUAUGUAAACACAAUUAUUUAUUUAAAAUGAUACAUGUAAUAAGAAUACCCAUCAAAGUAUUUUAUAAGGCUAAGCACUUCUAUUAUAAUUAACUUUUGCCUUACUGCUUAUUUAGUCUAUGAGCUAUUUUUCUUUUGAUGCAAGUUCGGAAAAUUUAGUUUGAACUGCAUUUUUUUUUACAGUUAUGUAACAAUAUUUGUAAAUUAAAAAUAUCAGUUGGUCUCUUGAAACCCAUGGCAGCCUAUCAACAUUUUUUGCAUAAAUGUUGCUGAUGCUUUCUGUUGUUUUAAUGGAAGAACUGAUAUGUUCAGAAUAUAUAUGAAAAACACUUAUCUUUUGAUUGGGCACACAUGUUCUUGUGGUUUGGAUGUUUAAUUUAAAGGGGCCUUUUCACAAUUGGGGUAAUAGACAAAAUUGAAAAAAGUUGUUUCAGAUUCGCAAAUUUUCGUUUUAGUUAUGAUAUUUGUGAGGAAACAGUUAAACUGAACAUUUACCAUGCUCUACAAUAGCAAUUAUAUGCAUCUUUUGACGAUUUAAAAACCCGAAAAUUAUAAAGCGUUGCAACGCGAAACAAAUUAAUAAUUUGGAGAGUUCUGUUGUCGUUAUAUUUUGUGAAACUACGAGGAUUGGUUAUAUGAAGUAUAAAAUACACCUGUCAUUGUAUGAGGAAGGAUGGCCGAGUGGUCUAAGUGGGAGACUUUUACUCAAUGACUCCAGGGGUCAGUGGUUCGAGCCCUGCUGAGGCUUACCUUUUUUCUGUUUUUAAUUUUAUUUUUGAUUUUUUACUGGAGCUUUUUAUAUCCAAUGUUAACAUUUAUCAAUAUAAAGCAUUUGAUGACAAACUUCAAAACAUGCAAAAGUCUGUGAAAAGGCCCCUUUAAGCAUCUCUAAAAAUCUUUGGCCGCCAUAUUUGGGGAAACAUCUCAUGCUGUGUUGCAGGUUUCAGCUUUUAUAACCACUGAUAGGGAAAUUUUGUAAUAAGUGAUAAUUUAUUAUGCCCCCCUUCGAAGAAGAGGGGGUAUAUUGCUUUGCUCAUGUCGGUCGGUCUGUCGGUUGGUCCGUCCACCAGGUGGUUGUCAGACGAUAACUCAAGAACGCUUAGGCCUAGGAUCAUGAAACUUCAUAGGUACAUUGAUCAUGACUCACAGAUGACCCCUAUUGAUUUUGAGGUCACUAGGUCAAAGGUCAGGUUACUGUGACCCGAAAUAGUAAAAUGGUUUCCGGAUGAUAAUUCAAGAACGCUUAUGCCUAGGAUCAUGAAACUUCAUAGGUAGAUUGAUCAUGACUAGCAGAUGACCCUUAUUGAUUUUCAGGUCACUAGGUCAAAGGUCAAGGUCACGUUGACCCGAAAUAGUAAAAUGGUUUCCAGAUGAUAAUUCAAGAACCCUUAUGCCUAGGAUCAUGAAACUUGAUAGGUAGAUUGAUCAUGACUAGCAGAUGACCCCUAUUGAUUUCCAGGUCACUAGGUCAAAGGUCAAGGUCACGGUGACCCGAAAUAGUAAAAUGGUUUCCAGAUGAUAAUUCAAAAACCCUUAUGACUAGGAUCAUGAAACUUGAUAGGUAGAUUGAUCAUGACUAGCAGAUGACCCCUAUUGAUUUUCAGGUCACUAGGUCAAAGGUCAAGGUCACGGUGACCUGAAAUAGUAAAAUGGUUUCCGGAUGAUAACUCAAGAACUCUUAUGCCUAGGAUCAUGAAACUUGAUAGGUACAUUGAUCAUGACUGGCAGAUGACCCCUAUUGAUUUUCAGGUCACUAGGUCAAAGGUCAAGGUCACAGUGACAAAAAACAUAUUUACAAAAUGGCUGUCACUACAACUUAGAGCCCAUAUGGGGGGCAUGCAUGUUUUACAAACAGCCCUUGUUUUGUGAUACCCCGGUACAUAUUUCUUACAUAUUACUUUCAUUAUUUUAUUUUGACACAAAUUUUUUUGCAUUGUAUCAGCAGGCAUUUUGUUUAUUCACAGCAUGCAUUCAAGGAAGGGAUGGCAACACAUAUUAGAAUCUUCAAAUAAUAAAAAUCUUUACUUUUGUAUGCUCCCCCCAAAAAAAUUUGGGGGAAGCAUAUAGUUGUGGCUUCGUCUGUCCGUCCGUGCACAAUUUUUGUUAGGGCUAUUUCUCAUCAACUACUCACUGGAAUUCAAUGAAACUUUAUGGGAAGCUUCACUACCAAGAGGAGAUGUGCAUAUUAUAAGCCGGUUCUGGUCGGAUGAUUUUUCACUGAGUUAUGGCCCUUUGAAAUUUUCCAUGAACUGUACAUAUAGUGCAAUUCUUGUCCGGGCUAUUUCUCAGCAACUUAUGACUGGAAUUCAAUGAAACUUUAUGGGAAGCUUCACUACCAACAGGAGAUGUGCAUAUUAUCAGCGUGUUCUGGUCGGAAGUUUUUUCACAGAGUUAUAGCCCUUUGAAAUUUUCCAUUAACUGUACAUAUAGUGCAAUUCUUGUCCAGGCUAUUUCUCAGAAACUAAUGACCUGAAUUCAAUGAAACUUUAUGGGAAGCUUCACUACCAACAGGAGAUGUGCAUAUUACCAGCCAUUUCUGGUCGGAUGAUUUUUCACAGAGUAAUGGCCCUUUGAAAUUUUCCAUUAACUGUACAUAUAGUGCAAUUCUUGUCUGGGCUAUUUCUCAGCAACUAAUGACCGGAAUUCAAUGAAACUUUAUGGGAAGCUUCACUACCAACAGGAGAUGUACAUAUUAUCAGCCGGUUCUGGUCGGAUGAUUUUUCACAGAGUUAUGGUUCUUUGAAAUUUUCCAUUGUACAUAUAGUGCAAUUCUUGUCCGAGCUAUUUCUCAGCAACUUAUUACGGGAAUUCAAUGAAACUUUAUGGGAAGCUUCACUACCAACAGGAGAUGUGCAUAUUAUCAGCCGGUUAUGGUCGGGUGAUUUUUCACAGAGUUAUGGCCCUUUGAAAUUUUCCAUUGUACAUAUAGUGCAAUUCUUGUCCGAGCUAUUUCUCAGCAACUUAUCACGGGAAUUCAAUGAAACUUUAUGGGAAGCUUCACUACCAACAGGAGAUGUGCAUAUUAUAAGCCGGUUCUGGUCGGAUGAUUUUACACAGAGUUAUGGCCCUUUGAAAUUUUCUAUAAACUGUACAUAUAGUGCAAUUCUUGUCCAGGCUAUUCUCCCCAACUACUGACUGGACUUCAAUGAAGCUUUAUGGGAAGCUUAACUACCUUAAGGAGAUGCGCAUGUUAUAAGUGGGUUCUGGUUAGAUGGUUUAUUUAGAGAGUUAUGGACCUUUGAAAUUUUUAAGUUGCUAAACCAUCCAUUGUAUUAUUUUGUCCAAAGUUAUGCCCCUCAAGACGUUUCCUUUUAUCUGAAUUUAUAGUGCAAUAUUUAGACCAAAAAAACCAUUGGGGAGUAUCACCCGUCUCCGACGGUUUCUUGUUUUGCCUGUAUGUAGUUUUACUUAUAGAACAACAAAUAUGUCCGAUAUAUUCGAUGCAAUAAUGACCAUAAGCUUUUCGUACAGGUUUGGCUUUUUUCUCAUAAUAAUUAUUUUUGUGUCUGUUAAGUUCAUUACCUAAGUAUUUUUAAUUUGACGUUUUGACUUUGAUAACAUUUACUGAUAAUGGAUCGAAUUAAAUAUUCAAAUACUUUUACUAUAAAAUUUUGGUAAUUCUAUUAUUGGUUGCCAUCCCUAAUUGGAAGGCAAAAACACAUAUCAGUGUUUGUUGCACACAAGAUGAUAAAUCUUUUCUGCUUUCUAUCGAUGAUAUAUAUUCACAAUUUAAAUCCGGUUUUAAACAUUAAAUGUGCAAUUGUUUAAGGCCUCAUACUUAAUUGUGCUCGGUUUUUGCGUUUGUUGACCAAUCUUGGGACCAUUUUAAAAGAUUAUAUGUUGCAAGAUUUUACAUUUGUUUUGAAUGGCCUUAUUGACGCAGAAAUAAAUUCUACAUAUCAUUGCAGUACUGCCCAGGGUUAAUUGAGGUAUAUCGUUAAUUCCAAGAAUGGGGAAAAUGUAGGCUUGUAUUUGAAUGAGGGAAAGUCCUAAAAUAGAUGUUGCAGUCUUUGAAAUGAAGCUGUGCAUAAUGCUCCUGUUGAUAAGACCUAUUGUCCAUUAAAUGUUUGUUGAUCAGUCGUUAUGAAAACUCAAAAGAGAUAUUCCCUGUCAAAAGAAUCAUUUGUUUUCUGUCCCAAUUUAAUUUAUCUGGCUUGAAUAACUGAUGUGCAGUCCAAUGAUUAUACAAUUAUAUUCUGUUUAAACUGAUGUUAAAAAAUAAACUUAAUUGUUUGAGAUUGAGCUGAAUUUUUCGUUUUGUUUUAUUGUCUGGGCGGUACUGUAUUUACUUUAAUUUUCGAUGAGUUUACAUUAUUGUAUACAUAGUAUAUACAUGUAAUUAGUUACUGCAAUUCUUGCAAAAAGUGUGAGUAUUUUAGUUAGAAUAAGUGUGGCAUUUUGGUUUUCAUGUUUACGUUUUUCAGGAAGAAAUAAAUAUUCUUUUGUUUCUGCUUUGUUUUCACCAGAUUUAACUGAAGGAACUUGUUCAUAGAUUGUGUCCUUUUUUAAAAUCAUUUUUAAAUGCUUUAUACAAUGUAUUGGUAAAUGUAAACAUCACAACUAAAGAGCUUUAGUAUAAAACCAAAAAAAGAAUUAUGAAAGAAAAUACAAAACAUUUAAGAUCUAUUAAUUUUAAAAAACUAUCGCUUUCAUUGGGCUGUUAUGUUAUGGCAAAUGAUUUUAUAUUUUAUAUAAGCAAAGCAGUCCAAUUAGUACUGUCACAAAAUGUUACGAAAUUGAUUGUUUGGCGUCUAUAACGCUUAAUAUUUUUAUCACCCAAACACAUAAAUGUAUUUUCAGAAUGAGUAUAGGUCAUUUAGACUUAUUUUGCUUCAUUGUUCUUUUAUUUUUUAAUCUGUUAAAAAAGUUGGAGAAUUAUCACAAUCUGUGAACAAGUCCCCUUUGAAGGGUUGUAUUGAAAUCCUAUAUUGUAUUAAAUUGUACAAACAAAUUAAAUGUGUCUUGUUAUGAGAAAACUGGGCAUAAUGCUUGUGCAUAAAGUGUCGUCCCAGAUUAGCCUGUGCAGUCCGCACAGGCUUGACAACACUUUCCACUUGAACUAGAUUUUUGGUAAAAAGGGACUUCUUUUAAAUGAAAAAUACCAUUUAAGCCGAAAGUGUUGUCCCUGAUUAGCCUGUGCGUAGUGCACAGGUUAAUCUGGGACGACACUUUAUGCACAUGCAUUUUGCCAAAUUUUCACAGAACAAGACAAAAAUGUAUUGUUAACCCUUAAAGCGCUGGAGCUGAAUUUUAAAGGCCUUUGCAAACAGUUUGGAUCCAGAUGAGACGCCACAGAACGUGGCAUCUCAUCAGGAUCCACACUGUUUGCUAUUCUGAUAGUAUUCUUUGAAAAAAAUCGAAGAAAAUGCUAAUUUUAGAAAUUCUGCAGACGACAUUUUAGCAGAAGACAAAUUACCCAGCAUGCAAAGGGUUAAUGGACUGCAUACUUUGAAACUCUGAUUUCAAAACACGCCAACAAUUUUUGUAUUUCAUAUUACCGGUGUUAAAAGUUGGCAAUGGUGGCUCUGAAAGUGAGAGGCUGUUUAAAUGAAAUGUGCUACUAAAUGUAAAAGAAAAAAAAGAAAAAAAGAAACAACUGGACUAUGUUUUUCUUGUAUGUUUGUUUCUGUGAUAAAUUAUGUGUUUAAGUACUGAAACUGUAUACAAAAAUUACUUACACAUUUUACCACAACUUGUCAUUCGACUGUUUGUAAAAUCAAGAUAAUGUUUGUCAUCAAAUUGUUUUCUUGUAAAUUUGAAUAUUUUCUUUCAUUUGAAAAAAAAUGACCCUAGGCAUUUGACUUCAUGAUGGAUAUGUCUGAUGAAAUGUUUUGUUGCUUUUGUACUUUUAAUUUGUUAGACUAUAAAUAUAAUUGUAAUGUCCUAA